AUGGAGAACCCCUCAGCUUCUCCACACAGAGGCCAUGUCCCCUGGCAGGGGCUCCUGCUGGCAGUCUCACUUCUGACUGUCUGGAUCCCAUCCACCAUGGCCGAAUACACAGUGGUACCUGUACCGCCCAUUGCUGCUGAAGGGAUGGAUGUGCUUCUCCUCCUCCAAAAUCCACCACAAAAUCCUAUACUCUACAACUGGUUUAAUGGGGAAACAUCUAAUGCAAACCUUCGUAUUAUAACAUACAGAGUCCUGGGAAGCAAAGUUGAUCCAGGGCCUACAUACACAGACAGACACACAAUCUUCCCCAAUGGGUCCCUGCUGAUCCAGAACGUUAUCAAGAACGACACAGGAAACUACACCCUAGGAGUCACGGAUGAAGAAUCUUACAUUCCUGAAUAUAUCUCUGUACAGCUCCACGUAUACCAACCCCAAAUUAUCAACGAUUCCAAGCCCAUUGAGGGCAAGGAACUUGUAUUAACUUGUGAACCUGACAUUCCGGGCAUGACCUACCAGUGGUACAAAGAUGGUGAGGAAGUCCAGGAGAUCCCUGACAGGCUGCAGCUGUCCUCGAACAACAGGACCCUCACUCUACUCAAUGUCACCAGGAAUGACACAGGAAUCUAUGAGUGUGAAAUCAGGAACUCAACGACUGUCAUCUUCAGGAACUCAAACACCUUGAAUGUUUCCUAUGGCCCGGACUCCCCCACCAUUUCCCCCUCAGAGGAGAACUACUGCUCAGGAACUGACCUCACACUCUUCUGUGAGGCGGACUCUAAUCCACCUGCACAGUAUACUUGGCUCAUCAAUGGGAAGAUCUGGGGGUCCACUCAACAACUCCACAUACCCAGCAUCUCUACAAGUGACAGUGGGUCUUACACUUGUGAGGUCCAUAACUCCAACACUGGACUCAAUAACACUGCUGUUAGGAACAUCACAGUCUAUGGAGCAGUUAUUCAGGCCAGCAGCACCGCAAUCACAGAAAAGGACUCUCUGGUCCUGACCUGCAUCACAGCUGAGCCUGGACUGUCCAUUCAGUGGAUCUUUAAUAGCCAGAGUCUGCAGCUCACAGAGAGGAUGAACCUGUCCUCAGACAACAGCAUCCUCACAAUAGAACCCGUCAUGAUGGAGGAUGAAGGGGAGUACCAGUGUGAGGUCUUCUACCUGAACUGUUCCAGCAAGAGUGACCCUGUCAGGAUAGCAGUGAGAGCUCUUGAUACAGAAAAUACUCACCUCCUGCCUGGGGCCAUUGCCGGCAUCGUGAUUGGAGCCUUCGUUGCCCUGAUCCUGCUCUGCAUCCUGGCCUACUUUCUGUAUUGCAGCAAGACCCGCAGUCACAGAAGGAAACAGAUCCAUGAAGUCGCAUAUUCCUCCCUCAACUUCCAUGUCCUGCAACCUAAGCAAUCAACGCCAGCCUCCCUCUCCCCUGGAGCCACAGACACGGUUUAUUCAGAAGUCAGAAAGAAGUAA